AUGAAAUGUCUAAAAACGGACGACUACGUCCAACAGAUAUCCAGUGCAAAGGACACAGCUGUCCUUUACACCGAGCUGAAGAAACAUGUAGAUGAAGGCUUAGGCCUGUGGGCUCGGACAGUGUGUGAUCGGAUCAUUCGGGCCUGUAACCAGCUGCUUGGAGGAGGAACUGUACAGCCAGAGCAUCAGGAGCGUCUUGUGGAUUUAGUUGAGCUUGCUGCUAGGGGCUAUGCAUCUAUCACAGAUACUAGUGGACAGAGCUCUACGCUGUAUUUGGAAAAAAUUAUCUUUCACAUCCUUCAGAAGCUGAUCACUCAGGGAUCUUAUGCACCUGCUAAUCGACUUGGGGAGUUUAUGUAUGACAGACUGCAGUGCCUAUCGACAGAGGCUGAAGAUUUCCGUGUUUUGGUGCGUAACUGCUUUGCCGUACUGUGGAACAGUCUCCUGACUUCAGGUUCAUCUGGCACUCGGGAAACUAAACUCCAACCAAGGGACAGACUUUGCUGGCAGCUGCGGGCUCUCCUUUUCAGGCUGCUUGAGGUUGUCUCUGGCACGCUCCCCUCCGCAUCUAAAGUCCCACUGUUUGUAGAGGAGGUAGUGAGCGAGUACGAACGUGCACGUGGGGGCUUAUCUCAGGAUGAUGGUGCGUUUCUGCUCUCUGAGUUACAGACUCGUUUCCUCAGCCCUGUGUUCAGUAAGCAUGCAGAGGGAAGCUGUGCCAUGAUUUUACCUCUGCUGGCUGUAAGAUGUGAAGUGGUGUUUAAACUGUGCAAAGCUUUGUGUAAAAACAAACUCUGGGCUGUAGCUACACGAUUGGUGGAUGGAGCUCUGGAGAGUAUUCGGCAGCACAGCGAGGUACUGCGCUUGUCUUUAGGUCUGGCAAAUCAGGCGGUGCAGCUGCAUUGUUCCUUCAGCUCUGACGGGGACUGUAGUAAAGCGUACACAGACUGUGCCCGCACUAUCAGAGGUCUGCCUGAUGGUUUGGGGGAAACUGAAAGCCAUGCUGUCCUGGAGGUGUGUCAGCUUAUUACCUGGGCAACAGAAUCAGGGCAGACUAAGGGAAUGGAUGGGGCUAUGCUGCUAGCCAGUUUUUCUUUCCUGGAAGAAUAUCAGGAGCUUAUGAUUAAACAUCAAAAAAGUUCAUUCUCACCGCAGCUGCAGUAUUCACUGUGCUUCAGUCUCUAUCAAGGCUUUAUUAGCACCUACGAUAGUCUGCGUGCUUCAAAGCAGUCAGUUGUUGAGGUUCUGGACAGAGUUCUCUUGUACUGCAAAGCAACAAUAGGACGUCUGAUGACUGAGCUUCACAAACUUUCAAAUGACAACUUCUUUUUAAAAGCAGUGUGUGCAGUGAACAAUGUGGUGUAUGAGUUAUUUAACAGAAAGUUAUAUGAGGAAGCCUUUGGACUGGCUGAGAUUAUAUGCCAGGAGCUAUGCAAGGACUGUCCAGCCUCAUUCCCUAUGGAUAGACUCAAUCGCUGCUUCAUGCUGGCAGUGCAGUGUAGUCGGCGGGCAGCUCAGUUGGACAGAGCUCUAGACUGGGUUGUACGCUGGAUUCAGGCUUUAGGCCUUCGUGUUCUAGAUCAUCUUACAGAACCAGUCUCGUUGUGGGUCAAGACUAAGUGUGAUGCUGUCCGGGCUGGAGAAGAAGACACCCGACUCAGGACUCUUAGAGAUGGCCUGGGUGCAGUGACUGUAGAUGAAGAAGUGUUGCUGUGCCUUCUGGAAGAGGAGCUGCGUAUGUAUAAGGAGCAGACUGGUGACACUUCACAGGAACGCUAUAACACGCUCUGUGACCUUCUUGAUAUCUGCCACGAGGACACACCACACACACUCCGUCGAGCGUCUUACUUGUGCGAGAUGGCACAGGUGGUCUGUUAUAGGGACUUCAGUGAACAAACAGACUGCUGUGCAGUUGAUUUUACCCAUGAGGCUCUGCGCUUGUUGGAAGAGGAACCUGUGACGGAGGAGAAUGCUGAUCGACUGAAAGAUGAAAAGGCGCAUGCCUCUCUCUGGCUUUACAUCUGUACACUUGAGGCCAACCUCCAGGAGGCAUUAGAUACAGAGAAGCGGUUGCGUGCCGUUCAAGACAGCAGCAACUCUGCUGGGAAUUUGGAUUCAGUUCCCACUAAUGAUCUGGAGUAUGAGGACAAACAGAAGCUACAGGAGAGCCAGUUGGUGUAUGAUGGACUUCGCAUCAAUCUGUCUGAACACAAUAAACGCAUUGAGCCUUUGGAUAGGUGUUUAUCACUUUGGGUGAGUCUGAUAAAGGAGGACUCAGUGCCUGCUGUGAGAGACCCCAAACACACGGCCUUCUCCAUCUCACUAAUGGCAGCUCUCUAUUCACUCAUGGGCAAGCCCCUGCAGUCUCUUCGGGGCUACCAGUUAGCAGCAGGUUUGUUCCAGCGUCUUGGGGAUGACCAGAAUAGUGCAAAUGCUUUUCUGCAUGCUGCAAAACUCCUGCUGGACCUGGGCUCCCCCCAACUUGCACAAGUGCAGUUGCAGAAAGCAGAGCAGUGUUUGACUGUGGAGUCAAGUUCGGACAGCAUGACCAUUAUUUCCGUCACAAGCCAACUGCUGCGGGCACAACUCUACUAUGCUUUAGGAGAGAUGGAAAAGGGUGUGUUUAGUCUAAGUGAGGUGUUAAAGAAGACUUCACAGCAUCACUCCAAGAGCUGGUACAUGCUGAAAGCCCGCGCCCUACAGACAGCCAGUGCCUAUCUCAGCCUGGACACGGGCACACUCCAUACACACCUACGCCAGACAAUCAUUCAGCAUGGUUUGAAGACUCCGGACACGGCCCAGUAUGAGGGGUUGAAGCUGUUGUGCAGUCUUGUAAUGAUGUUGCUGGGAAAUGGAUUUUAUGGAGCACCUGGUCCCAACACAGACACUCGCUUUGUAGAUCAAGGGGACAAUGUGGUGUUUAAAUGGCUGUUGCUGAGUGAGGUGUUGCUCUGCUCUGAGAGAAUGGUGCAUUUACGCAGCAGUGGUGGAACAGCACACGAAGCGAAAGCUCAGUGUCUAGAAGCCCUCAAACUGGCCACUAAACUACAAACACUUAACCACUGUGCUGAGCUGCUGGUGUUGAAGGCUGAGCUGGAGUUAAUGAAGGGUGCGAGUGAGGCCAGUGUAUUAGAUCUGGAGCAGGUCAGACACUUGUUGGAUCUUUGCACAGAUUUUGGUCAGUGUCAGCAGCAAAAGUCUGAGCUGAAAAUAAAACCUCGCAAAGGUCGUCCAGCAGUAAAAAGCUCUGCACCUGAGAUCCUAGAGGAAGAGGACGAUAUCAGUGGCCUCCUGCACUCCCGCUCACUGGCCCGAGAAACGUUGGAAGAACUGUCUGAGUUAGGACAGGAUGCAUCACCCCCUUUAAAGCCAAAACGUCAGCGUAUGCUGUCCUGUCUGAGCCAUGCCGAGAGCUGCUCCUGUCCCUGCUGCAGUGAACCCUGCUUGGCUCGAGUCAGUAUCCGCUGGGCCCUGACUCAGGCCGAAGUCCAAAACGAGUCGCAGAACUCCCAUCGACUACGCCACCUUGCCAAGCUGCGUUGUCGCAAUGUGAGCGCUAAAUUACAUGCCCAUUUGUCAGCACUGGUGCCCACUAAUUGGCAACAAAUUCCCUGUAUGCUGCAGCCAGAGGUUGGCCGGGCGCACCUGACUGCUGUGCUAAUGCAGCUUUGCUGUGGGGUAGGUGAGAAGGGAAAAGCUGCUGCACUUUGGGAAGAGAUUGAGGCAGGACUGGUGGCUGUGGAGCCCAGAGGGGUUCUGUUUCCAGAGCUGGGACCUCUAAAGGCUGCUCUUUUGGGUGCUAAAGCUGUGGCAUGCUUCCUGGCACUAGCUGGAAAGAAGCAGUGUAGUUCUGAUAAGCUUAUCUCUUCUGUGUGGGGCUGGGCACCAGCAAUUGGUCUCAAAAUUAAAACGCACUUAAAAACACACAAAGCAGAACAGAAGAGAACAAGCAGCUCCAGCGGCGACAUUCCACUUCCAGCAACUGGAACAGCUCAGAACCUCCCGGAGACGUCUGUUGAGCAAGGGAGUAAGAAAACGAAAGAGGUACCUGUAGCAUCAGUAAAGAAGUCUAAGAAUUCUGUGCCAAAAAUCAGCAUCACCAAACCUUCCCUGGUGUUCAAGACACCUCGAGCAACCAGGACACCCCGGCCCAAAUCUGUCACCUUGGUGACUCCUGCUGGCACGACCAAUGACCUGAGUGCAUUUGACUUCACCACCGAGGUGCCUGAUAUUACAGUAAGCUCCACACCUCUCCCUACAGUAAGCUCCACACCUCUCCCUGCAGCAAAAGCCAUGUCUGUCAGUCGGUGUGGGACAGGAAAGUCGAAGGAUGCACCAAAGGGCACGUUUCAAGUUUUUGAAGAUUCCUCCCCACUACAAGAGAAACCUGUUGCUGUUCCAGCUGCUCCCAAACGCACAAAGCGAUCACGUUUUAAGGUUGAGUUCAGUGAUGAGAGUGAUGCUGAGACUGAUCCCCCAGCUGUAUUGGAGACAAAGUCAGAGAAAAAGCGUUCCGUCCCAUCUUCCAAAACUCCAUCUGCAUCAAAACCAGCUUCCAGAGUCUCUACAAAAACAGUAGUGGAACAAGACAAGCCCAGAAGGACAAGAAUGGCUAAGAAAAGCACUGCCCUUUGCCCCAGUGGUCCCUCUUCUGAAGAAGAAACGGCAAUGGCCGCUCAGGCACAGCCUAGGCGUGGACGAUCCAGGAAAGGUCCGAAUUCUGCUGAUAUGGAUGAACCAGAGAGGAUGAGGAUGAUCAAAGAAAAUGAAGAUGAAGACUGUGUAAAUGUCAGCCUGGAAGAGCUUCAAGAGUCUGAUUCUGAGACAGUGAACACAGGUACUUCUGCAGAUGGGCCAGAUACAGACUGUGAAGUGCUAAGGAGAGACCUGGGAGCAGAUUUAAACAGAGAUUGUGUAAAGGAGCUCUGGGGCGCUGGACAGUCAGGCAUAGGGAUUCAUGCACCAAUACCACACACGGCUACAGCGCCAGGUGAGCUAUCUGUAGAAACGAUCCAUUCACUCUUAAGGUCGUCUUGGCUCCUGCUCCAUCAUUUUCCAAACCCCUUCCUCUACCCUCACCUGUGCUCACUGCUCGCUCAGUUGCUCGGCCCAUCAGAUCCCGUCACCACAGCUAUGCUACAUGCUGAGUCGCUGGGGGUUUCUUUUCGCCAUCACAUGACCCGUCACCUUGCCACUCGACUUAGGAAACUGAAAAAGUCAAGCAGUGAUGUAACAGAAGGUCUGAGUGGAUUAAGUCUGGAGGAAUCUUCCAUCCAGGCUCAGGCUGAGAUUCUGACUGCGCUUGAGAGCAUCUACUCUUUCACCCCAACACAGCCAAAAGAGUUCCCCCAAACGCACUGCCAGGAGUUCACACAGCAGCUCAAAGACUUGCCAGCAGGUGUUACCGUUUGUAUGCUCUCUCUUGUGGGCGUCUGUCCUGGUGAGAUUGGCACUACCAUUCUUCUCACACGACUAGAGCGAGACUCCGCCCCCAUUACCAUAAGGAUCCCGACUGCACAAAGACAGCACUCCAUGGCUGUGCUGCUUGAGGAGAUGGAUGGAGUGCUGCAAGGGCAGAAAAAAGUAAGUGGUGUGGCAGAUAAGGCCCAGUGGUGGGAGGGCAGGAAGGCUCUGGAUGCUCGUGUACGGAAACUACUUGAAGAUAUGGAGGAGACCUUGGGAAUAUGGCGAGCUCUGCUUCUCCCUUUAAGCUGUGACCCUGAGCUUUCAAUUCAGACUAAAUGCCUACAGUCCUCGUUAACUGGAACAAAAAUCACCAUGAACAUGCUGAAGGUGCUACUUUCUGCGGCUCCUCUGCUGUGCCUCUCAGACCUGCAGUCUCUGGCUGAGGGGGCAGGUCUUCUGGAGGGAGACUUCCUUAAGCUCCUUCAAAAGAGUGUGUCUGAACUGAGAGGGAGAGUGGAACCAGAGGGACAUACAGUCCUAAUUUUAGACAAGUACCUUCAGAAGUUGCCGUGGGAGAAUAUAUCCUGUUUGAAGCCUCGCUCAGUCACCCGUAUGCCCUCUCUUCAUGCUGUUCUGGGACAUAGCCGUCUCCGAGAGUUGGAUCCCGGCUGUGUGCCGUCAUGUGGUGUAGAUCCUCAGCAGGUUUAUUAUGUAUUAAACCCAGAUAAAAACCUACCUGAGACUGAAAAGCGAUUCAGAGACUGGUUUACUGGUGAGUCGGCAUGGCAGGGGGUGUGCGGAGCUUCUCCUAAUCCUGAUAAACUGCAGGAGGCUGUGACCACUAAAGACUUAUACAUUUAUGUAGGACAUGGAGCAGGCGCUCGCUUCCUGGAUGCCCAGCGGGUGUUAAAAGGGAACGUGCGUGCAGUGGCUCUGCUCUUUGGCUGCAGUAGUGGUGCUCUCAGUGUGCAGGGCUGCCUUGAAGGAACUGGCAUUAUUCUCAGCUACCUCAUCGCCGGAUGUCCAUUAGUGUUGGGGAAUCUGUGGGAUGUGACUGAUCGGGAUAUUGAUCGGUUCACCUCCGCCCUGUUACAGUCUUGGCUCUCUGGAGGCUCAGGUUCCUCCCUUCUCCAGCACCUGGUCCAAUCACGUGAUGCCACACACCUUAAACACAUAAUUGGUGCUGCACCAAUUGCAUAUGGUCUACCUGUGCAUUUACGAUAGCACAAACGCACACAGGGUAUGUGUCGAGUGUGGACAGGUAUGAUUGCAUGCAGUUUUAGUGAUGUGUAAAUCUCAUCCUGCCAGAUGUACAAACCACCAUGGAAAACCACUUAAUGAAGACAUCCUUUGCUCUGCUGAUGCAAUAACCAUUUCAACCUCAUGUAGCAUUUAUGCAUUUUUAUGCCUUAAUUAAUGGUGUGGUGUCUUAAACCUUCUCCUGAGUUUUAAAGCUGAACUAUUUUAUUGUAUUUUGAAUUCUUGUAUGUUGGUUUUUAACACCCAGGUUGUAAUCUAGUAUUUUAAACUGAUAUGUAACAAUUGUAAGUUAUAUUAAAUCAGAAUUUAAACAUGUCUUUUGUAAUUUUGUUUUCCUGUA